AUGUCAGCGUGGUCUUGUCAUAGCCCCAUGAUUGCCGUUGCAGCACACCAGCACGUGGUGUUCUUGUGUGUGUGUGUGUGUGUGUGUGUGUGUGUGUGUGUGUGUGUGUGUGUGUGUGUGUGUGUGUGUGUUGUGAGCGUGUGUUCUUCGCCUCUACUUGUGUGUGCCGUUGCUUGGGCGCAGUGCUGCUGCAACCUGUUGUCGCGAGUUGUUCUCGCGCCACUCUGCGCCUGCUGCCCUCGUCCAUUGUGUGUGUGUGUGUGUGUGUGUGUGUCUGUGUGUGUCUGUGUCUGUGUGUCGUGCAGCGCUUGUGUCGGUUUGGGUGUGUGUGUGUUGGGUGCUUGUGGAUGCGCGUGCCGUGUGUGA